AUGGUGUUAAUUGCAGCCGCUAUUUACAGCAAGAACGGAAAAUGUAAGUUUUAUAUAUGCAGAAAGGUGAACUCUCAUUAUUAUCUAAUUGGUAUUGUUUCAGUGCUGCUAUGCCGGCAAUUUCUGUCUGAGCUGACCAAGGCCCGUCUUCAAGGACUUGUCGACACGUUCCCCAAGUUGGUCAUUAGUGAGAAAAGUACGUUAUGUUGAAAUUUUUUUAUUUAUAUUUAGACCAAAAGGAGCAUACGUACGUCGAAACUGAUUCUGUCAGAUAUGUGUAUCAACCAAUGGACAAGAUUUAUUUGGCGCUUAUUACUACGAAAACGUCCAAUAUUAUGGAGGAUCUCGAUUGUCUGCGGUUGUUUGCUAGGAUCGUAAGCGAUUUACUGUUUGAUUCAUGUAUUUUUCGAUUUAGAUCCCUGAAUAUUGCCGAUCGAACGACGAGUCCGAAGUUUUCAACAAUGUUUUUGAGUUGAUUGCGGCUUUUGAUGAGGUAGUAGUGCUGGGCUACAGAGAAUCGGUCAAUCUUGCUCAAAUUAGAACAUUUACCGAGAUGGAUUCUCAUGAAGAAAGAAUCUUUAACCAGAUCCAGAUUGUACGUUGCGUUAUUUUUUAUUAUGUACUUGGUUUAGGCUCAACAAAAAGCGGCUAAGAAUAAUAUGUUGGAGAAGGCCAAGGAAAUGAAGGCGAAGAAGAAGGCAAUGGGUGGGGUUUCCGGUGGGUUCCAAGGAGGAUUUGGACGGACUGCUCAGUCUGGUGCUUCGUCCACUCCGGCAGCUCCAUUCAAGGCCCCAAUCGCUUCGACUGAUUUUGGAUCUGCUUCUGCCGAUCCAUUCAAGGGAAAACCAAAGACUGGAGGAUCUGGAAAAGCCCUCAAGUUGGGGGCCAAAGGCGCUUCAGAAGACUCUUUCCUUCAGCAGCUUCGACAAGAGGGACAAAAUGUCUCCGAUGCUCCUAGUGUAAGAAGUAGCGUGCAAUUUAGACCCUAAUUGUUUCAGAAACUCGAUCGCGUUGCUGAUGUAAUCCCAGAAGUCAACGUUCGCAGAGAGCCAGUUCAUGUUAAGAUAACCGAGAAACUUAGUGCCCAAAUUCUGCGUGGUGGAGGUUUAAAGUCGGCGGAGAUCCAAGGCAGUGUGUCAUUGAAUAUCUCGGAUCCUGCUUUCACGACUAGUGCGAUCCACAUUCAAAACCAAAGUCAAAGUGAGGCAAAACUCCAAGUUCAUCCAAAUCUGGACCGUAAGACUUGGCAGACGGACUCUGUCCUGAAGCUGAAGAAUGUGAACAAACCAUUCCCACCGAACACAGACAUCGGGGUCCUCAAAUGGAUACUUCCUUUGCCUUCCGAGGAUGAACUUCCGUUAAAUAGUGAGUUUCUGAACGUUUUUCUGAAUUUAUUUUUUAGUUACCUGUUGGCCCAACCAGUUGUCUCCUGGGGUUGCUGUUAGUGUUGAGUAUACACUGACAAGGAAAAACAUGACACUCGAAAAUGUAAAAAUUGCGAUCCCUCUACCGUAAGUUUUUAUUUUAUUUUUUUUUAUGAAUCAUAUUUAGACCUUCCACGGCUCCAAUUGUAUCCGAAUGUGACGGUGAUUAUGAGUAUUUGAAGUCGAAGAGUACCCUUGUUUGGUCCAUAGCAUCCAUCGAUGAGACCAAUGAGACUGGAACCUUGGAAUUUGAAGUUCCGAACGGAGAUACGGAGCACUUCUUCCCGGUUAAUGUGGUCUUCUCUUCUUCCGAUUUGUAUGUGGACUUGGCUGUUACAAACGUGACGACUUUCGAGGCCGGAGAGCCAGUUGCUUACAGCAAGGAGACGAGACUGAACACUGAUAACUAUCAAAUUUUGUAA